CAGAUUAGAAAUAUUUCAAAAAAGUGCUCGUUACGAGUUCUGACUGUUAUCCUUCUGAAUCCUACACACAAUUACGAUUUGUGACGUGAUUUUCACGCAUUUUACAGAAUGCUUGAACCUAUUGGAAUACAAGAUCCUCUAUUUGCAUACAACAAAGAUGUUGGGCAUUCUUGGGGUUAUGGUAACAGCUUGGCUGUAUUUCCAACAGAAUUUUCCAAGUCGAUCACCUCUGGUCCAGUUAGUCCCCAGACUUGUAAGAAGAAGCUUUAUACAAUUUCUUGGGAGCGAACCUUGUACAAUCCUUUUGUUCGCAAGCUGGUCAAUGAAUCCUGUGGAGCAUUUACUUCUUUACAAAUUAAGGCUGGCACAGAUGGCCAAAUCAGCUCAUCUGAGUUAAUUAAAUCCAGUCAUCAGUAUCGUUGUAUAAUGAAUGCAUGCAUUGAAGAUUUGAACCAAGCAGCAGAUCUUGCUAACAGUGUUGAAUCUAAUCAAGCACUUCAAGAAAUGAGUGAAAUAUUUUACAAAGCUGAGUUGGUGUGGAAUUUGUGUGAAAUUCUGUAUCUUGAGAACCCACUUGGAAUUCUGCCACACCUAUUAGAAUGGAUUCGUAUUCAUUUUCCAAAUGCAGUAGAAGAAACUGGUACAGUUUUAGCAUCACCAAAUCCUGGACUCCAUGAAAGCUAUUGGAAAGCUCUCUAUGGACUAGUGUUUCAGUUACGCUUAGAAAGUGCUACCAAACUGUUAAGAAUUCAUCCUGAUUUCCAGAGUGAAGCUUUUCAGAGUGCAUAUGAGUUGCUGAAGAAAAUGCCAGUCUUUAGUGCCAACUCAACUGUUUCUGCUCCAGAGUUUACCUUCAGAUGGAAUCAUUGGAAAGAAGAAUGUGAGUCUCGCACUCAAGCUGGAGAUUUCUUCGAAUCAAAAGAUUUAGAACUUCUAAUGGAGAUACUAUGUGGCAAAGAAGAAGCAUUUGAAAAAGUUGGCGAUCAUUUCGAAACUUGGUAUCAACGAAUGAUUACUCAGUUAACGUUCACGCAACCCACAAUUGGAACGUUAUCUUUGGGAGAUGAAGCCGAACAGUUUUUUGCUUCCUUAAUCGGAUUAGAUGAUUUGACGUCACUAGAUGCAACACUUUUGGCCGUUCUUCGUCGCGACACGCGUAAAGUGAUUGGAGAAAUGCAAGGAGUAUUGGAUAAUUCUUGGUUUACGGCACAUCUCGCUGAUUUAUUGUAUCACGCCGGAGCACUUCAGUCGUUCGAAGACAUUAACUCACUACAGCUGAGAGAAACUUUGCUUCGUGACUACUCGAUUUGCUUAUUUAGCCACCAAUCCUUGUGGUCGGUUGGUGUUCUCUAUCUUGACCAUUGCCCUAAUGUUGGUUCUGCGACUCUGGAACACUUGCUCACUCGACUUCCGUGCCAGUCGGAAAUGAAGGCAACCAAAAUAAUUUCACUUGCCGAGCGAAGAAAACUAACAUCAGUGGUAACUUCCGUCUGUCGUGUAAUGGGUCGACGGGCCUUGGCCAAUGGACGACUUGGUGCGGCAGUAGCUUGGGCUGUUAAAGCGCAAGACGCUCCUCUUGCUACCUAUGCCGCCGAUGCUGUUCUGAAGAGUUACCUUCAAGAUUCAGAUUUUACUUCGACGGACUUGCUAGACUCACUGGGUGCUGGACUUCUUGCCAGCGAUCGAUUGGCUUUCCUUGGGAAAUAUCGCGAGUUUCAUCGUCUUUACAAUUCGAACGAUUUUCAUUCAGCAGCUGGCCUUUUGAUCUCUUUAAUCUCAUCACGGAUUGCACCGAAAUACUUUUGGACCGUUUUGCUCAUGGACGCACUACCAUUAUUAGAAACAAAUCCGCCAGUUUUCACUUCAGAACAAACUUACGAAUUAAUGCAAAGUCUACAGGAGUUGACGUCUUCGUUUCAAGAUGAUGCUGAAAUCAACCCCCAUCCAAACUGCCAAUUCAAUUCUGAUAAAACAAUGUUAAUAACUUUAGCAUUAAGUCGAAAUUUGGCGAAAUGUUUUGUACAACAAACUGUUUGUGAUUAAUGGGAUGAAAUUGUCUUUUCCACUUCGAAUUUACUGCGUGGUAUUAAUCCACUUUAAGAGGGAAAUUUGAAUACAUCCAUAUUGUGUUUCUUCUUUAAA